AUGGAAGUCGCAUCUGCCGUUCGACUGCCUUCGCCGGAGCCGGAGCUCGACGACGACGCCAAGGAAGUUCCGCGCAAACGCGAGCGCUCACCAUACGACGGACCGAGUGCUGGGCCAUCGAAGAGAAGUAGGAGAGACGACGAAGAGGAUGACCGUCGCAAUGGGGGCUCAGGCCGUCGCCCGGCGCCAAAGCCCACGACCGACGACCUCCCCGAGGAUGACUCGCGAUUGAACCUCUUCAAGAAUGCCUUCAGCGCGAACCGCAAGCUGCCGGUUGACGAUUCAAAGACACGUGCUGGAGGCGCGUACAUCCCUCCUGCGCGACUGCGCGAGAUGCAAAAGUCGAUUACCGACAAGAAGAGUCCCGAGUUCCAGCGCAUGGCUUGGGAGGCGCUCAAGAAGUCGAUCCAGGGUUUGAUCAACAAGACGAAUACGGCAAACAUCAAGAUGAUAGUGCCGGAGCUGUUCUCGGAGAACCUGGUGCGCGGGCGCGGUCUGUUCUGCAGAGCUAUUAUGAAGGCGCAAGCAGCCAGUCUGCCCUUCACGCCCAUCUACGCAGCGAUGGUCGCCAUUGUCAACACAAAGUUGCCUCAAGUUGGCGAUCUGCUGGUUCGACGUUUGAUUGUGCAGUUCAGGAAGGGCUUCAGGAGAAACGACAAGGCUGUCGCGCUAUCGAGCACCAUGUUCCUUUCGCACCUCGUCAACACGCAAGUCGUCCACGAGAUCUUGAUCGCCGAGAUCCUGCUUCUCCUGCUCAACAAGCCCUCCGAUGACUCUGUUGAGAUCGCAGUCGGUAUCAUGAAAGAGGUCGGCGCUUUCCUCGACGAGAUGAAGCCUGCGAUCGCCAAUGCCAUCUUCGACCAGAUGCGCAACAUCCUCCACGAAGCCGACAUCGACAAGCGAACACAGUAUAUGAUUGAGGUUCUCUUCGAGGUUCGGCGCACAAAGUACAAGGACAACCCUGUCAUAAGGGAAGACCUGGAUCUGGUGGAGGAAGAGGAUCAGAUUACCCACAACCACACGCUUGAGGGCGAUUUGAAGGUCGAGGACGGUCUGAACAUCUUCAAGGUUGAUCCGGAUUACGAAGCGCAUGAGGAAGAGUACGCGAAGAUCAAGGCUGAGAUUUUGGGCGAAGAGGAGGGUAGCGAUGAAGACGAAUACACGGAUGCAUCGUCUGAGGAUGAGGAAGACGAAGAAGUGAAGGCCAUGGAUGUCAAGGACCAGACCAACGCGGACCUUGUCAACCUGCGCCGAACUAUUUACUUGACCAUCAAGAGUAGUGGUGGUUUCGAGGAGUGUGUGCACAAGCUUAUGCGCAUCAAUCUACCGCAUGGGUUGGAAAACGAGCUCACAACGAUGAUCGUCGAGUGCGCAAGUCAGGAGCGCACAUACGAGAAGUUUUACGGCAUGAUCGGAGAGCGCUUCUGCAAGUUGAACAGGAUGUGGACCGACCUUUUCGAGGAAGGCUUCGCCCACUACUACGAGACUAUCCACCGUUUCGAAACGAAUCGCCUUCGCAUCAUCGCACAGUUCUUCGCCCAUCUACUAGCGUCUGAUGGUAUCGGUUGGCACGUCUUCCAGGUGGUCAAGAUGACGGAGGAGGACACCACAUCCAGUUCACGUAUCUUCGUCAAGAUUCUGUUUGAAGAGCUCCUGGCCUCACUUGGUCAAAAGGUGGUUGUAGAGCGCUUCAAGGACCCUAUGCUGCAGGACAGUCUUACUGGUAUCUUCCCCACCGAUGCAGACGAUCAGAGCAAGACACGCUUCUCAAUCAACUUCUUCACAGCCAUCGGUAUGGGUGUGCUUACUGAAGGCAUGCGCGACUGGCUCAAGAACAGUGCGCCCAAGCCUAAGCCACUUCCCGAGCCAGAAAGCGACUCAGACGAUCGCAGUAUCAAGCUACACUUCAAGCAGCUACUCGCGAUCCCGCAGCCCGGUUCGCAGAAGGCGUGA